CAAGGACAAGAGUGGUGGGGCUGCAGUGGGAAGCUUGUGUCGUGUGAUUUUGCAUAUGCAAGUUUUACCUGUCGUCAUUGAAAUACUUAAGUUGUCCAGUCACUUUUUUGCAUGCCAACUGAUGGAGAGACUAAAUCGACGUGUCUGCCACUCCCAGGGUAGGUUGAGUGAAGACAAAGAAAAACAGAGAAAAAAAGAAGGGGAAGAAAUGACACUUUGCCUGAAUGAGUGUCUGCGAGCGGUUGGGCUCCAACAUCACUAUGCCAGGUUUACCUCCAUGGGAGUUCAAAGUGCAGCCCACCUUUCAGCACUGACCAUGGAGGACUAUCCCAUCCUGGGAAUCCACACUAUGGAGGACAGGACUCGACUCUUCCAUAUAGUCCAAAUGGUCAAAACUCUCGACCUGGAGAGUUUUCAAUAUAAGGAUGGUGAAGAUUAUGGAACUGAUGGUGGUGAUGAAGGCUAUGCUGUAGUGGAUAGUAGUUUUACACAUCAUGGCUAUGGAGAUCCAAAUCAAGAUAAAUAUGAUGACGAGGAAGCAGCCACGGUACCAUCAAGUGUUCGCAGACGGCUUGAUUUCAGUUGUGAAACCAUUGAUCAUCAUGAUAAGUUACCUUCUCCUCCCACAAACUCAGUUCAUGUCUGUAAAACUCAUAAUGGAAAUGAUGUGCCAGUCCAGGGCAAAGGGCCGGCCACACCUCUGCAGCUUGAGCUUGACAGUGGGAUAGCUGUCUUAUAUGGCUGCAAAGGGAACAACAACCACAGGACAGACACCCAUAGUCGUCCAUCGAAUCAUCGUACAGGAGGAGACACCAAGCCAGACACCAUAGGAGGAAUUGCCAUGUACAACUCUCACACCAGGUUAUCACCAAAGUGUGUCUCGUUCCACAAACAAAAACCCGGGCCUGCAACAGUGGAACCAAAGAGGUUCAACAGCAAACCAAUUGGGCACAAAGAUAGGAGAAGAAUCUCCAAGAAGGAAAAACAUUACACAGAAAUAGGCAGUAAUGGGGCUUCAGGACACAUGGCUGAGCCAACACCCAUUUAUGAAUUGAAAAGAACCGUUGGCUACAACUACGGACUACCACCGAGUUCCCCUCCUGCUCAAAACAAAAAACAAGAUGGAGAACAGCGGAUUAUUGUGUGUGUGAGGAAAAGGCCUCUGACUCGUGCAGAGAGAAGGAGAGGGGAAGCAGAUGUUGUGACAGCUUCAGGCGCAGAGUGUGUUAUUGUCCAUGAAGGCAAAGAGGCUGUGGAUCUCACACAAUACAUACUACAGCACAGGUUCUACUUUGACCAGGUUUUUGGAGAGGAGAGCUCCAACGAGGAGGUGUAUCAAAGAACAGCAUAUCCUCUGGUCCAACACAUGCUCAAUGGAGGCAAGGCCACUUACAUUGCAUAUGGCCAGACAGGUGCAGGGAAGACUCACACCAUGUUGGGUUCAUCCACUGCGAGACCAGGGCUGUAUGCACUUGCAGCCCUGGACAUUUUUGCACACCUGUCCACCUCGCACAUGCACUCUCCCCUGCUGGUGUAUGUCAGUUUCUUUGAGAUCUACUGUGGUCAACUCUAUGACCUGUUGGACCACAGGAAAAGGUUAUUCGCCAGGGAGGAUGGACAUAAGAUGGUUCACAUUGCAGGCCUGCGUGAUGUCAGGGUGGACUCAGUCAGCUCACUGCUGGAGGUGAUUUCACAGGGUACCGAGGAGCGCACACAGGGGAUGAGUGGCGUAAAUCCACUUUCUUCUCGUUCUCAUGCCAUGAUGAAAAUUCAGCUAAGAGGUCCAAACCAGCAGAUAGCUGGCAGAAUGUGGUUUGUGGACCUGGCAGGAAGUGAAAAGGCGUCAGAUACCAAAGAACCAGACAGGCAGAGUCGUAUGGAGGCAGCUGAGAUCAACCAGAGUCUUUUGGCUCUUAAAGAAUGUAUCCGGUCCCUUGAUCAAGAGCAAUCACACACACCUUUCAGACAAAGCAAAUUAACGCAGGUUUUGAAAGACUCAUUUGUUGGUGAUUCAAUGACAUGCAUGAUUGCCAACAUUUCACCUGGUCACUUGGCGACCGAACAUACACUUAAUACACUGAGAUAUGCUGAUCGGGUGAAGGAGCUAAGGGGACAUGGAGGGCUAAGAGGAGGAAGAAGGGCCAAGACGAUACCCUCCCCUAAACAUAACCUGUCCAACAGCAGCAAUGUGGGCACCCGAGGGAGAAGUCCCCCUAAAAAGCAGAAAUUGGGGAGAGGAAAAGAGGCUUUUGGUCCCACCGCACCAAUCACAAGGUUGUCCACAGGGGACACAUAUCUCUGCUCCACACCCAAGAACAGCAGAUGGGGAGCGGAAACAGGUGCAAUGGGCAGAAAAGGGACUGGACUUGAACAUAUUACACCAAUUAGAGGCUGGCUGGGAAUGAAUGACAUGAUGCAUAGGAAGGUGGAAGCAGAUGAAAGAAAUGUUAGGAGAAGAGAAAACCAAAGGUAUGGAGGAUUUACCAGUCAAUCUGGUAAUGACCAAAACAUCAGGGAACCUGGGAUACACCAAAGAGAAAAAGACAAACAGCAAAGCACUCUGAAAGGGGGAAGACAGGAGGAGAGAGGAUGGUUACAACAGCGAAGACAAGUGGAACACAGCAGAGACAAAGUAAUUGACAUAGAAAAUCUAAGGGACAAAGAUUUACACAAGGUUGAUGAAAGGGAUAAGGAGAGGCAGAGACAUCUGAGACGGUAUCACCAGCAGCUGCAGGAGUUUAUGUCCUCAUCUUCUUCCACGUCUGUCAAUCUAUUAUCCUCUUCUACAUGUCCGUCUUUCCCUUCUUCAAAUCAGGCCUCUCUUCAUUUAUCUGGCUCUUCGUCUACCUGUUCUCCUCUUCGCCGUGAUUCCCGUCUCUUAUCUUCUGCCCCCAUGUAUCAUGGUUUGGAGGAUGUUUUAGAUGCGUACAGAGCUGGGGUUGCGGUUAGGGCUGAUGGUUACAGAGGCCAGCUGCCUUUUCCCAGUGCUGAGAUUGCCAUGCAGUCUUGCAAGCUCUCUCAAUGCUGCAAUAACAAUGAUUCACAAGGUGACUCUGGUGGUGUUGGUGAACACUGGAGGGUACCUUGGGAAAGAACAGAGGCAAGAUUAGAACAAGACAGAGGUGAAAGUGAUAAGAGGAGGACAGUGGGGGCAACAGCUGAAGUAAGAUUAAAGGGAGAAGAUAAGAAGCCAGCUGGGAAGGAAGGGGGAGAGAGGAGGUGGGCCUCGUUGUCAAUAGAGCAAGAAGACAGGGUCACAGGUGCAAUGCCAACUAACGUAGCAGCACAAGUGUCUCACAGCUGUCAUUCUGAAGACAGAAGGAAAAUGGGUGAGGAAAGACUGGUUCCCGCAGAUGACCGAGUUUAUGGAGCAUGGAGCACUGAGAGGGCAGGAGGCCACCAUUUUUUGGAGUCACCCCUUCAGCAAGCUCCAGCAGAACGACCCCUCUCCCCAGCUGUUGAAGAUAUCAACACACUCCUGACUCCAAACAAACUAAGUGAUCUCUCUCUCGAAUCAAAACGUGCCAGAUGCAUCCCCAACACCCUGCCUCUAUUAAUGCAAAAUGCACAAUUUACAAAUGCUCCGUCAACCACACAACCUCUCUCUACUUCCAUCACACAGAUUAUAUAUAAAAUACCAUCUGAGCCCCUUAAAGAACUGUGUGGAAAUCCAGUUUAUGCUCAGGUACACAACCAUACAGAUGUCAAGGCCAAAAUGUCUGGUUCACAUCAUGAUGAGACUUAUGCAGAUACCGUGAGCGACAUCAUAGCCCCCCUCAGCAUCUCUUUGCUUCAGGUGGAUCAACAGGUCACUAGAGCCUCGUUCAUCCAGGGGGAACAGAAAAACCUCUCACCCUGUCUGCUUGAGAAUGAAAAGGGAGAAAAAAUCAGGAGGGAAGUGGAAGAAGAGUGUCACACAUGUGCAGAGAUGAUGGGUAAAGUUGAAGUGGCUGAGGACAUAGAUGUUUGUCAGUCUUUUUUGGAGCUGGCACAAGCAAAGACCCACUACCACCCCACCUCUAACCCAGCAAUCAAUCACACCGAUCGAGGAAAAGACAAUCGUGCAACAUAUGAAAACUGUAGAAUAGGUAGGACAAAACCUCCCAUGCCUGACAUUAUGCUGGUCUCUCUCAAAGACCAAAAGAACAGUCAGAAACCGCAAACAAUACCAGUUCUUGGCAAGAAAGCCCCUGCAUCCCCACUUAAACCCUCUACAUGUGAUUCUAUGCAAACCUCUGUCAUGCAGUCUAACUCACCCUCCGAUCAGCAAUUUGACAACAUGCAGUCAUCCAGCUCACACAAUCUAAUCCAAAAUCGUGCCACCCAUAUGCCAACAGAAAACACACACAACAUGCACAAGUACAAACGUGACACUUUAAAUUUAAUACCACAGUCAGAAAGUGUUUUGGACCAGUUUCAUAUUCUACAUUCAAACCAUUCCAGCAACAACUCACUCCAACCAAACAGUUCUGCUGAGUCAAAUAUUCAAGAAAGCAAGAUAAAACAGCAAAUUAAACCCAUAAUGCCUCUGGCAACCCUGGAAGACAUGGAUUAUGCCCAGUGUCGGGUUGUCCAGGCCCACUGGGAGCAGUUUGAAGAGAUGGAGGCCUUAUGUCAUAAAGAGGGGACACUUCUGUGCCAGCAACCUGAUAUGGCAUUUGGGGAAUAUGUCCACAAGCUGGAAGAGAUCAUGGAGAGAAAGGCUUGGUGUGUCCACAGCAUGAGAGCUCAGCUGCAGCCAUAUCUGAAGCCCAGUCACUCUAACCAAACACACAAUCAGUGAGAAGAAAAUAACAAUCCAGUUACUUGAAUCAACAAAGUUAAUAAGCAGGAAUAUUUACAUUCUUCGUGCAGCCUAUAUACUGAAUAAAUGCUGGUUAUGCAGUGGUGUGUAUAAGUGCACAAUAUAUAUUUUUCAGAGCCACAAGACAGUAUGAGUCAAAUACAUUAUUAGUGUUUUUUAUUUUAAAUGUCAUGUAUGUUAAAGGGAUUCAAAGGUACACUAGACAAAUAUCACUUGUGUGUAAUAAUGUGUUACAUGAGGGUUCUCAUGGGUUCUCUCUGUGUGUUUUGUGUUGAGGUGUUUUUUUCGUCUUCCUUAGCUAUUGACAUGAUAAUUCAUAUGCAUUGUAUAUUAUGAAAUCCAUGCAUAUUUAACUCUUAACUUAUUCAGUUCAUCUCAUGAAUGAUAUCUGUCACACUAGUGUGGAUAUUUGGAUGACUGGUAUUUGAAAAUUAAGUUAUUUUAAUGGCUGCUAAUUAUGUACCCUAUGCCGCAACUUUUUAUUUAAUCUAAAGGGCUGUACUAUUCAAGUCCAGGCUUGGUCAUCUAUUGGAAGUCCUAGUCCCAGUUUCAGACUGAAAAUGUUUCACAUCUUUGGCCUUAAAUCUGGUCUUUAUUGAAGCUUUCAUAAUUCCUGGUUUGUGUCUUGAUUUGAGUUACACACCUAACCAAUUGCAGACUUGAGCUCAGAUUGUCUACUCAGCAGUUUACUUGGCAGGUGGCUGUUUUACUGGUGCUGUGUUGUUGUUUUUUUCUUUGAUAAAAGAUUGUGUAAGACAAGUAUUUGAAGAUUCUGUGUUUUUGAAACACACCUGAGUGUUUAGGACUAAAUUAAAUGUAUUUAAUUCUCA